AUGAGCUCCUUCUUACGACUCUCAUCGCGAAUUCGGACGCCUGUUUCCUCUGCCUACCUCGGUCGCCCCUUGACCAGCCUCCCUGGGCAACGAUGCUACGUUCAUAGCACCCCCAAUCAAUUUGACAAGGCCAAUGAGCAUGACCUGGAAGAAGACUGCGACCGUGGCAACACUCCAAACCACCCAAUCCCCUCCAACAAAGCGCACCCCACUCUUCGAGAUGGCAGGCAGUCCAACCUAGCCGAUAUGGAAGGCAAAAAGCAUGAGGAACUCCCGGAGGAUGUGAGAAAACACAAUGAGGAAAUGGAAAACCGAUAUGACAAACCUUACAACCAUAUCGCGGACGAGGGCCCUGUUGAGAAAGCAUUUGAAGCAAAGAAAGAAAAGAAAUGA